GUUCGAACAGUGCAACGAAGAGGUGCACCUGUUUGCUGAGCUCCCCUGCGCUUUCGGUGUGUCUGUGUUUGCGCUUUCUCUCCCUAACGUGGUUGCGUUCCGGCAAAGCUCCGCACUCGAAAGGUGGCGGCUGCGGUAGCUUUCACAGCUUCCCAUUAUCCCGUCAUCAGCUGUUCUGUCGGGUGGCCCGCUACCAUGCCGUGGCAGUGAGCAGAAGCUUGCGCGUUCACCGUUAUAAUCGUCAGUGGAACAGUGCUGAUCGUAUGCGGUUCUGUGUGUGUGUGAGUGUUGGUGUCAUCGGUUGUGAAUGGGGUGGUGAUCAAGGGCGCGGGAUGGAUUUGUUGAAUGCCUCCCGCUGACUUUCCCACUGGACUGACACUGCGCGCUGUGUCCCGCGGGAAGAAAGCGAGCGCGUGUGGUGACCUCUUGCUCGGAGGCAAGAAAUUGGCUUCGUGUGUCGUGAUCGGUUGAAUGAUUGGGCGAAAACAAAAACAAAGCAAGUGUGCGAUUUUGGGUGAAAUUUUUGCUCGCACGUUGCGACAUAAAAAAAGGUGACGACGACGACUGCAUGGUGAAUAAAAAUUGGAGCAAUUUCAGCUGAAAAACGUUCGUCGUUCGUUGAAUCGUUGAAGUUUAAUGUGUUGACGCUGAUUGGAUUGCAUCUGGUGUGUGACCUCGUGAGGUUAAUGACGAGAAACCUUUUUAGCAUACUUUAUGAAUGGUGAAGGUGAACACGGUGGCGACUUGAGUUGAACAAGUGAUUAAGUGAUAGCGAUUGUUAGCCAAGUGAGUGAUCUUAUUUUCUUCAAACAAUCACAGUUGUUCAGGAUUCUGAAGAAUUUGCCCUACUGCUGCGACGGCAAUUAAGCUCUAUCGGAAAGCAGGCGGAACCGACGCUACAAGAAGUAACAGUUUCUUCGAAUCCGUCUUGUGGAUCAAGUGCAGAUGCUAGUUUGGCACCCUGGGAAAGAGAGGAUGCAGCGCUAGCAGAGAAACGCAGAAAAAACACAAGCUUCCUCUGCGCGAUUAGGAGUAAACCCGAGCUUCUGCUGCGCUUUAUGUUUUUCCUUCCGAGAGCAAGCGGUUUGUUGUGACCGGACAACCAUUGACGUGAGGGAUCCACCAAUUUGACGGCAUUGCAGUCUUCUGAUGGUCAUUGGAUAACUGUCAGGAACUGGCCCGAAUCGAACGCGAUUCGAUGGGAGCUGUUCGUGCCACACGUGGACGCCGCCGAUUUGCCGGAGUUCAAGACGUGUCUUUUCGCGCGUGAGAUUCUGACCCCUGUCCGGCCAUCGCGCCGCGUCGCAUCGUUCGCCGUAGUGUUGUUGUGAUCUAUCGAAGUUCGGGUCGGAAUUUCCCCCGUGGCGAUUGAACAAACCGGGCGGGAGUGUGUAUGUGCGUGCAACAGAAGAGGAAGGUUGUUAAACAACAGUUGCUUUUCAAAUUUGAUAUCGGAUAUCGGGAAUUGAAAAAUAGCGGGAGUUUUCGGUCCGGGUGGUCGAACCAAUGCCACCGUGGGUCUCGGACGAGAACGAAGAAAGCGAUAUGGAUAUGAGGUCAGAACAUUCGGAUGGAUUAUUUUAGAUUGGUUUUUGUUUUGUUUCGGGUGGGUGUGGGAUCUUUGCAUAUGAGACUGGAGCAUUUUCAGUGGCGAUAGAAGCGAUGACGAUUGGAUGUGUGCCGGAUGGAUAUUGGAUUCUGUUCACUGCUAACGUGCCCUAUACGGAUUGAAACAUUCAUUGGAUAAUCCAAAUUUACUUCUGACAAAAUGAGAUGACCGACCAGAAAAACAAGUCGAUUACUCGAAAUCACUGGACGUACUCAACGUUUAUAAUCUCAAACUCAUCCGCGUAGAGGGUACUCUACAGAAAUCAAUACCCAAAAUGGGGAACUCGGGCAGCAUGCACGGCCUGCCCGGCUAUGACGAGGGAUACCACCACCCAAGCUACCAACAUCAAUACCAGCGAUAUCACGAAAUGAUGCGUGCCAACGGUCACCAUGGCGCUGCCCCCGGUUGGCUGGAGUCCUAUCAGCGGGACCUGCGCAAUGGAGGUACCGGCCUAGUCGGAGGCGGUCAUCGAACCUUCGAUAACCACCGACACAACAAUCACGACGGAUUGGGACACCGGGAAUCCACCAGUAGUGGACCGAGUCUUCCUCCUCCGAUGAAGGUUCUCCCGGAUAUUCCCGGAAGGGUGGCUAAACUACGUCCGACCAAUAACGGAAACAUUUUGCACUCCGGCGGAACCAUCAGCAAGAACAACAACCUUCAGCGAUCGAAAAGCAUCUCGUCUCCGACGUAUCAACAGCACCAACAACAGCAUGAUGCCUUCGACGAAUCGGAAGAAAGUGGAGUCAUGGCCUUGCUGCCACCACGGCUGGCUAUGCAGCGGUCCCGUACGCAGAUGAACAUGGUAACACCGGGAAGGCGAGACUUCGAUGAGUCACCUUCCAGAGCACCAGGAUCCCGAGGAUACACCACAAACCAACGGAAACCGAGCUACGACCAUGGAACGCUAAACAAGAAACGCUUCGGUUCUGAACCUGAUCUUCGUAUUGCUAUGGGCGGCAACGAGGGGCAGGACGACUCGAGUGGAGGAAGUGGUGGACAGGCAGGUAACCAUCGCAACACCAAACCAGCACAGUCCAAGAUCAUCAAGGGUAAGAAUAAGAAAAAGGCUCCCGUUCCACCUCCGUUAGAGAAGCGUGAACGUGAAGCGGAGGUCAUUGAGAAGCAACGCAUUAUCGCAUACUCUCCUCUGCGCAAAACUAAUUCGGAUGCCUCCUCAACGCAGCCUUCUAGCGACAGUAACAGCAACAAUCCGACGCGCAAACUUCGGCUGUUCAAAACGCGAGCCGAGACCAAGAAGAACCUGAACAUUACCAAACUCCCGGAAGCAUCCGACGCCAAGUACUCUGCCAAAAACGGUCACAAGAUGCCACUGGCCCCGUCCAACAGCAGUCCCUACAAACUUAUGGGGCGCAAAGACCCAGACUUUGACAGCGGUACCCUGGACAAACCAAAGUCACGCCUCAAUCCGACAUCGUUCUUCCGGCGGGAAAAGACCUUCGAUAUCGGAGUGCUCGAGCGCGACCGGGUGCUGCGUAGCGGUGAAGACACCGCCCAUGUGCCAGAAAUCAAGCCGACCAUGUCGCCACCGAUUUCACGACGAAAAUCCAUCGUCAAGUCUCUGCUGGAGAAGGACCAAGCUGAACAGCAGCAGCAGCAACAACAACGCAAACAAAAGCAGAUGCAACAAAGUCGCGUUUCAACAGUUGAACCAAAGUUCAAACCCAAGGCCCCUGACGAGAAACGCAAACAAUCUCAACCAACCCCAAUCACUCCGAUGACGGACUUCCAGAAGGAGCUGCAGCUCGCCACUCGACGAAAAUCUGUAGCCCCCCAGAACAAUCCUAACCAUGCUCCACAAAAGUCAACUUCAUCAACGACCAAUCACCGCAAAUUGUCCGAAGCCAAGCAGACCAUCAAGGUGGAGGCACCUAAAAAUAGUCUGGUUAUAUCGGUGGAACCAAGCAAGCAAGAAUCUCCGGAACGGGAGAAACCAUCGCUUAGUCCUGCCCCACCUCCACCUCCAUUACCCAAAACAAGCUUCUAUUUUGGUAUGGCUGAAACUCCCAAGCAAUCUUCCAAGGAAGAAUCACGUAUGUCUCCAGGACUUCUGGUCACAGCAAAGAUGUUGGAAACACGUGUUGAUUCGGACCCCGAAUCCUCCGAUGAGGAACCCAUAUCUCGUAAUGGCUUUCAGCAUGAACCGGACGAGGAAAUGGACAAAACCCAGCUGGACGCCAUCGAUCGCUUUGCGGCUAGCCUUAUGAAUGGAACCAAGUUCGCCUCCGGUUCGGAUUCGGCAGCUUCCUCGGACGUGGACACACGAACCAAUGGUGGAGACCUGGAUUCAGAGGCCCAGGAGAUUUCGCUUAAACUACGGCCAACGCUGCCGCGUAAACAUUUUGAGAUACCGAGGUUCAGUCCAGCGGCAGCCUGGCGACUGUUGACCACCGAAGACGACUUCGGUCGGGACGCAACUGAGAUAUUCCCCUUUGUGGAGAAGAAAACAAUGCUACGAAGUUUAGAAGCUGUUGAAGCAGCAGAGGAGCGUAUUGAACGAAUCUAUCGGGAACCUGUACCUGGACUACAAGACAACAAAAGUGGCGACAGUGGAAUUUCUGGUGACGCUGGGCUUCCGGACAUAGCGGAAGCACAGUUAAUGACUUCGAGUAAGGAACGUGACUCGCCAGAGAGUUCUCCAGCUGACGAUGGUCCAGUCAGCGAUAAUAAUGCAUGGUCUUCAAAUGCGUUGAGGUUGACGCCUUGGACGCCCCAACAGGACCUGGAGGAUGAUGAAACUACGACUGGAAGUAGUGACAAUCGACAGCUUAUUGAGGAGACACCAAUCAGCAAUGGGCCCAACGAUUUCUCCAGCAAAGGGCACAUCUUUAGUUUAUCGCUGCCGCGAGAAAGUCAUCUGUCUGUCUACACGGCGACAGCCAAUGGUGAGAAGGUCGAAAAGCAGAUGUUCAACAGUUUGCAAAAACUUCGUAAGUCGGUUUCGGAUGCAUUCACCAGCGAUCCAGAUGUAAGCCCUUUGGAAAGUGGAGACAAUUGGUUCCUGUCUCGGCUGGAGUCACCAUCAAUAACGAAUGCCUAUGAGAAACGGCAGCUCAGUCCAACCGCUCCGAAACAGAGCCCACCGGAUGUUCCGGCAAACAGUGGAGCCAAAAAAGAGGAAAUACAGUUUGGCGCGCCUGCCAAACAUAGCGCCAUUGGAUACCUGGUCAGUGGAAAGCACAUGAUGUAUCUUCCGAAAGAUGCUACCAAGGUCGUUAAUACCAACGCCAGCCCCGCAAACAACGACCAAAAUAACAACGUGCCAAAUACGCCCGCAGUGACAAUGUCCUACGCGGAAAAACGAAGGGAGACCAAGGAGAACAUGCAGGAUCCUGUACCGGAGGGUGAAAGUUUCCCGGUAAAGAUUUCCACCCGGAAGAAUCAUCGAUUUACCUUCCAGAGCACGAUACGGCAGAUUGAGAAACGACGUGUCGCCGAGAAGUUGUCACGGGAGGCGGAGAUCAAGGAAGCGCUGAGACUGAGCGAACUGGAAGCCAUGCGUAGGGUGGAAGAGGAGUUCCAAAAGAAGCGAGCACGUGAGAAGGCUUCCAUACGGCACCAAUUGAGACUGUUCACGAUGGAGGAGACGGGACAGGUGUACGAUGCGAACGAUGAUGACGAGAAUAUCGACUGCGGCAAACGCAUCGAACCAGAGGCUGACAACCUGCCGAACCCAUCUAAACCAAACGGAAUGUAUCGCAAAAAGGAUUCCACACUAGAACGUCCAUUACUUCAAAAUGGUGGCCAGACGCGCCGCCUGAGCUCGUCGCGCUUUCACGGAACGGCAGCCACGCUGGAGCGAAAGUACUCGUCGGGCAGUGGAAACGGAAACUACGAUCGAGAUCUUGAGGACGAUUUCAACAACAGUGAUGAUAACAUCGGAACCAACACCAAUGGUCACAACAACCACGUUGAUGACGACGACGAUGAUGAUGACGUGGAUAGUAGCUUGGGGUACAUCGACACCCGGACGCCGUACAUCUCGCGAAUCAUUCAGGCCAAGAGCAGCAAAAGCUACUCGGGUGGUUUGAAGAAGUGAAGGAUCAUCAAGUCGGCCAUCACGCGCUAGCAACGAACCGCCAUCUAGUCAACGAAUUGGUUGGAGAUAUUUUAAAACCGUAUAUGGAAACGAUGCUCAAACGAAACUCGGCAUACUCAAGCUUUCUGCAUAAAUUGAAGAUCGACAUUCACGCAUUAGUUGAUUAAAAAGAAAUUUACAUAAGAACAAACGUAGAUAAGCACAGCGGUGUUCCGAAUCACCAUAAUCGAAAACAUAUUUGAUUGGAUCACCGUUCUUUUUUUAAAGUAAAGCAAUAUAGAGCAAGCAAAAUUCUUUUCCAAUUAACAUCAAUCUGCAUGUUAUUUAGUAUUAUAAGGUUUACUAACAAGAUAUGAAAAAUGUUAAAUAUAAAGUUUUCAGAUUCUUUUACUCA